CGUAUUUUUUGGUUUAGGAGUCCGACUGGCGCUGGCAGAUCGGUUUGUGAUUGGAGCAGCGCAGAGAUUGCCUGGAGCACAAGCCCGACGCACAGACACAGGCCCCCCGAACUAUAGUCGCAUUGUAGACUGUUUCAGCAUUGUAUUGGCGACGUCGUGGAAUACGACUGCGUGUUUUAUUUUUAGGAUGUGUGCUGAUAUGCUUCUCAUUCGCCUCUUUUAGGCUACAAUAACAUUGGAGCCGUGCAGUUUUUGAAUUCAUUGUGUCCAAUCGAAGGGAAAAUGUGGAUGCGUGCGAGGGGGAUAUGGGAAAAAAACUAUUGAUUAAUAGUUCCCGAAAGGCAUCUCGCUAAGGAACAGUUUGUCCGGUCCUUGGGGACGCAUGGACUUGGAGAGAGAGAGAUACCUGCCACAAGAAACAACACGAUCUGUCCCUCGUAAUUGGAGCAUGCAUCGGAACCACGGACGUCUUUGUGUUGCCCGCUGCGUAUUCCGAGUUUGAGGGGGGCCUCUAGCCUGCUGAAGGGGUGACCACUCUCUCCGUGUUCCUUCAAUGCCAAACUGAAAUAUUCGUCAAACACCAUUUAGGACUGCUCACCUCAAAUAUGAGAAGAUGACUGGUGAGGCUUCUCCUAAAACCACAGAUCGCUGACUACUCCAAGACUCCUCUGCUUUUUCGAUUCUAUAUCCUACAACCACAGUUGUUAACUAGAGGGCAUCUGGAGACCUCUCCACACUCAGCAACAAUGGCUCCUGCAGCGUGGAGGUGUUUAGUUCUCCAUUGUCUACUGCUCACCCUAAUUCAUUUCCAUUGUUCAGAAGGGUUCGGUCGUGCGGCCCUGCCGUUUGGCCUGGUCAGGAGAGAGCUCUCUUGCGAAGGAUACGCCAUCGAUCUCCGCUGCCCCGGUGCAGAUGUCAUCAUGAUCGAGACGGCGAACUACGGCCGCACCGACGACAAGAUCUGCGACGCCGACCCGUUCCAGAUGGAGAACGUCAACUGUUACCUCCCCGACGCCUACAAGAUCAUAUCACAAAGGUGCAAUAACCGCACCCAGUGUGUGGUUGUGACUGGCUCCGAUGUGUUCCCUGACCCCUGCCCUGGUACCUACAAGUAUCUAGAGGUUCAGUAUGAGUGUGUCCCAUACAUUUUCAUUUGUCCUGGGACCCUGAUGGAGGUGGGGGAGCCCACAUUUGUGUUUGAGGCAGAGCAACAGGCGGGGUCGUGGUGUAAAGACCCCCUGCAGGCCAGAGACAAGGUCUUCUUCAUGCCCUGGACGCCGUACCGCACCGACACUCUGAUUGAGUACAACUCCCUGGAGGACUUAAAAAAUGGCCGCCAGACUACCACCUAUAAACUCCCACAUCGAGUCGACGGCACCGGCUUCGUGGCCUACGACGGAGCCAUCUUCUUCAACAAGGAGCGCACGCGCAACAUCGUGAAAUUUGACCUCCGCACGCGCAUCAAGAGCGGUGAAGCCAUCGUGGCCAACGCCAACUAUCACGACACUUCGCCGUACCGCUGGGGCGGCAAAACGGACAUAGACCUCGCUGUCGAUGAGCGGGGGUUGUGGGUAAUCUACGCCACGGAGCAGAACAACGGGCGCAUCGUGGUCUCACAGCUCAACCCAUACACGCUCCGUUUCGAGGCCACCUGGGAGACGGCGUACGACAAGAGAUCCGCCUCCAAUGCCUUCAUGGUGUGCGGCGUGCUGCACGUGGUGCGGUCCACCUACGAGGAGAACGAGAGCGAGGCGCCCAAGAGCCACAUCGACUACAUCUACAACACCAAGCUGAGCCAGGGAGAGUACACAGACAUCCUGUUCCCCAACCAGUACCAAUACAUCGCUGCUGUGGAUUACAACCCCAGAGAUAACCAGCUGUACGUGUGGAAUAACUUUUACAUCCUGCGCUACGACCUGGAGUUUGACGCGGAGAAAGACCCUGCUGACGUGCCAACUACAAAAGAUGUCUCCCUCUCAUCAGCCCUGCCUGAGACCACCACUCUCAUCACCACCACCACGUCCACAGUCAAAGGCCCAGUUAACACCACGAUUCUGGCUGACCCCAGGGAUGGGAGAGAGAGAGAGGCGGGAAACCCAGCGGAGGACCCCCAUGGGACGGCUGACCCCACCGCUCCAGAGAUCCCCCCCACCCCCAGGCGCUUCUGUGAGGGAACAACGAAGAGAGGCAUUUCCUGGCCCCAGACACACACUGGAGUCACCGUGGAGAGACCCUGCCCCAAAGGAACCAGAGGCAUUGCCUCCUACCUCUGCACGGUGGCAGGGGGGACCUGGAACCCAAAGGGACCUGACCUCAGCAACUGUACCUCCCACUGGGUCACUCAAGUGGCACAAAAGAUCCGUAGUGGGGAGAAUGCGGCUAACCUAGCCAAUGAGCUGGCCCACCACACACAGGGUCCAGUGUUCGCCGGUGACAUCAGCUCGUCAGUGCGUCUCAUGGAGCAGCUGGUGGACAUCCUGGACGCUCAGCUCCAGGAGCUAUGCGAAAAGGACUCCGCUGGGCGUAGCUUCAACAAGCUUCAAAAGAGAGAGAGGACUUGCAGGGCAUAUAUGAAGGCCAUUGUGGAUACGGUUGACAACCUCCUGAGGCCGGAAGCCCUGAAGUCCUGGGAAGACAUGAAUUCCACGGAGCAAACGCACGCCGCCACCAUGUUACUGGAUACCCUGGAGGAAGGCGCCUUCAUCCUUGCCGACAACCUGAUUGAACCCGCUGUAGUCAAAGUGCCUGCAGACAACAUAAUGCUGGAUGUGUAUGUGCUCAGUACUGAUGGCCAGAUGCAGGACUUCAGGUUCCCCCAGACCAGCAAGGGUGGAGCCUCCAUUCAGCUGUCUGCAAACACAGUCAAAGUCAACAGUAAAAACGGUGUGGCCAAGCUGGUUUUUGUCCUCUAUAAGCACCUGGGCCGGUUCCUCAGUACAGAGAACGCCACUCUCCGAGGAGGAGGAGGACGUAACCUUUCAGACCUGACCGUCAACUCGCACAUCCUGGCCGCCUCCAUCACCAAGGAGUCCAGCCGCGUGUUUGUGUCCGACCCCGUCAUCUUCACCCUGGAGCACCUCGACAAGGAGCACUACUACAACCCCAACUGCUCAUUCUGGAACUACUCUGAGAGGAGUAUGAUGGGCUACUGGUCCACUCAGGGCUGUAAGCUCCUGGACACCAACAAGAGCCACACCACCUGUUCCUGUAGUCACCCCAACUUCGCCAUCCUCAUGGCCCAUCGGAGGAAAUGUGUGAAAGGGAGCGUCCACGAGCUGCUGCUGACGGUGAUCACGCGGAUGGGCAUCGCUGUGUCUCUGGUGUGUCUGGCCAUCAGCCUGUUCACCUUCUGCUUCUUCAGGGGCCUGCAGAGCGACCGCAACACCAUCCACAAGAACCUCUGCCUCAACCUCUUCAUCGCCGAGCUCGUCUUCCUCGUGGGCAUCAACAUGACUGAACCCAAGCUGGUGUGCUCCAUCAUCGCGGGCGUUCUUCAUUUCUUCUUUCUGGCGGCGUUUGCCUGGAUGUGCCUGGAGGGCGUGCAGCUCUACCUCAUGCUGGUUGAGGUGUUUGAAAGCGAGUUCUCCCGCAGGAAGUACUAUUACGUCUCCGGAUACCUCUUUCCCGCCGCGGUGGUGGGAAUCUCGGCCGCCAUCGACUACCGCAGCUACGGGACACAGAAGGCCUGCUGGCUGAGGGUGGAUAACCACUUCAUUUGGAGCUUCAUAGGACCUGUCACCUUCAUUAUCAUGCUCAACCUCAUCAUCCUGGUGGUGACCAUGUACAAGAUGGUGAAGCACUCCACUUCCAUGAAACCCGACUCGACCCGGCUGGGCGGUAUCAGAUCCUGGGUGCUUGGGGCGUUUGCCCUGCUCUUCCUCCUGGGUCUGACCUGGUCGUUUGGCCUGUUCUUCCUCAACGAAUCCUCCGUGGUCAUGGCGUACCUCUUCACCAUCUUCAACACUCUGCAAGGGAUGUUCAUCUUUAUCUUCCACUGCCUCCUCCAGAAAAAGGUCCGUAAAGAGUACAGCAAAUGCUUCCGCCAGUCCCAGUGCUGCGGAGGUCUGCCUUCUGAAGGGUCCCACAGCUCGGCCAAGACGGCCACGUCUCGAUCCACCGCACGCUACUCCUCCGCCACACAGAGUCGUAUCAGGAGGAUGUGGAACGACACGGUGAGGAAGCAGUCCGAAUCCUCCUUCAUCUCCGGAGACAUCAACAGCACCUCCACCCUGAACCAGGGGCAGCAUUCUCUGACCCACAGCAGGGACAUCAGUGCCAUGGACACCCUACCCCUCAACGGAAACUUUAACAACAGCUACUCCCUGCGUGACCAGGAAGACAACCAGGAAGACGACUAUGAGGACAUUGUGGGCGUGGUCGGGGGCGUGGUCCACGGCCCGGGGGACCUGGGGGGCCUCAGCCUGGAUGACGCCGCCUUCGAGAAGAUGAUCAUCUCUGAGCUGGUGCACAACAACCUGAGGCCCCGCGGGGCCCCCAAGGGCCACAACCCCCAUAGGGAUAGCAGGGACAGGGACCAGGCCCCUCUCCAGACCAGGGUGACUGUGGACAGGGAUAGGGGUGGUGGGGGUGGAAGCAGCAGCGAAGAUGAUGCCGUAGUGGUGGACCACGCUGAGGCUUCGUCCCCCCAGAGAGGCAGUAUAGUCGGGGUAGUAGGUGGAGGUCACCCCACCCUAGAGUUGCUGCUGCAUCCCCACCAUAAGGAGGCAUUAGAGGCCCCACUCCUGCCCCAGAGGACACACUCCCUGCUCUACAGUGCCCACAAGGCCCCCAGGAGGGCUGUGGAGGGCCCUGGGUGCCACGGCUCAGAGACAGUGGGGGCAACAGGGGACGGGGAUUCCCAGUCACCCAACAACAACAGGGACUCCCUGUACACCAGUAUGCCCAACUUGAGAGACUCUCCCUCAGCCUCCCCCUCAGCCUCAUCCUACCCCCCCGAUGAAGAUGAUAACCUGUCACAUUCCCCCAGGAGCGAGGGGGAGGACCUGUACCAUAAAAGCAUGCCUGAGCUGGGCGACGGGCCCCAGCCCCUGUCCUACUACCACAUAAACCGGGGCACCAGCAAUGGGUGCAUCGUAUCCCCCAGCGCUGAGGACUGUGUACCCGAGGGAGUGGGCCCCCGGGACGGACAGAUGCAGCUCAUUACCAGCCUCUGAGCAGAUGGGUGGAGGAAGGAGAGGAAGCACUUCUCUGGUGUUUUUGCACAGGUUUGAACAUAUGUAUGUGUGUGGGCUUUGGUUGAUGUCAAGACUAUUGCCAGCCCUCAUCGGUUCUCCCAGCCCUCCAUCUCUGCACUCCUAAUGACCCAUCGGAGCAGGAAGUGAAAUGUUUGUGAGUGGUAGGGAGGAAGGAGAUGGAUUACUUUUUCACACAUUAACUCGGUCACACACACAAAUAUCCUCUGAAACCGUCUGUCUGUCUGUGGACUUGAACUGCUCUGCUCUGCUGUGGGACUUCAGAGAGGUAAAUGCAUAGACCACUACAAGUGUCAGAGAGAAGUCUGUCUGGCGCCAUUCCUGUCCAGCCUGCAUUUGUAUUAUAUUGAAGAAGAGAAAAAAAACAUGGUUUAGAACUCCAGGUUUAGAACUUUUGGAACACUGGUGAAGUGUUCCUGGAGGGGAUUCCAGAAUGAAUGAGGAUGAGUAUCUGUUGAGUCCUGGACUCUAGAAUGUUCUAGAGUCAUUCCACUAAAUAGUGAGGACUGUCAAACAAAGAACCACUAAUUCAGACUCAGGCCUUAUAUUUUCUCUAUUGCACAUUUAACUGUUGUCAGAGUAAUAGCUAAAAGAAAAUAUAUUUUGCUGUACCACAAGUGUAAAAAAAAAAAAAAAAUAUGAAAAAAUGUUAUGGCAACCAAUUAUACAACAUUUCAAUGUUGAGAAGAUUAUUCUCGAAGCAGGUCGCUCAAAUCUGUUUUUUCCUCUCACUUGACUCAUUGUGGUAUGUUUGAACAUAAAAAAAUCGAAUAAAAAAAUUCAAUUUUUAAAAAAUCCCAUAAUAAACCAUACAUCUUCAUUUGUGAAGUGCUUUUUGCUUUCAUGAAUCAAGAGCUUUGCCAGUAAUAUUUUGUGUUAACACCAUGCCAAGCACAGAUUUGGCGUGAAUUUGGUCGUUGUGUAAUUUAUUUUACUUGAAAGAAAUUGUCAGGUUUCAAAAAAUAUGUGUCAACGCGAUAUUUCAAGUUUUACAAGCAUAUUUCAGCCUUUGACACUAAUUAAUUUAUUAACAGUUAUUGAAAAUUUGAAAAAGUAAAAUGGUUGGGAAGUGUGACUUGUUUCAGCACUGUUUAGGUUCAUAUCAUUUAUUUUGUACGAUCCCAUUGUCGGCUUAUAUAAAAAUUCAACUCUUGUUUGAUAUCAAAUAAAUGUGAGACUUUUUCUUGUU